AUGGAUAUUCUAAAUGAUGUUUUUCCAUUUGCAUCUACCAACAUCAAUCAGGAAGGGGAAGAUGAUGUGCCUACACCAAUGGACAAUGUAGAGUUCGAACAGUAUGAAAAACUGUUAAAAAAUGUCAUCCAAGAGUUAUAUUCGGGGUGCGAGAGCAUAUCCGUUCUCACGGCCAUUGUGGAGCUAAUGCACGGAAAAAUAAAGUAUCGUAUGUCGAACCAGUGUUUUCAUUAUUUUUUGGGGGUUUUCAAGAGAAUGCUUCCGACAGACAAUUUUUUGCCGAAAGACCACAGACAGGCGCAGAAGGUGUUGAAUGGUCUUGGAUUGGGUUAUGAAAAGAUUCAUGCUUGCAAAAACAAUUGCAUGUUGUUCUACAAAGAGUACGAAACAUUGGAUACAUGCCCUAUAUGCAAUGGGUCGAGGUUCAAAAUGACAUAUGAGAAUAGAAUGACUAAGAUCCCACAAAAAGACAUGCGAUAUCUGCCCCUGAAACCUAGGUUGCAGCGAUUGUGUAUGUGGACGCAUACUGCCACAGACAUGAGAUGGCAUAAGGAAAAACGGGUAGAUGACGAUGUGAUGUGUCAUCCUGCAGAUGGGGAGGCAUGGAAAGAGUUUGAUCGAACCUUCCCCGAGUUUGCUGCUGAUCCCCGAAAUGUUAGAUUGGGACUUGCCACUAAUGGAUUCAAUCCGUACGGGGUUCUAAACCAACACCACAGCACUUGGCCGAUUUUCGUAUUCCCAUAUAAUUUGCCGCGCAUGAAAAAAGAAGACAUGAUGAUGACUGUUUUGAUAAUUGAGGAUCUAGGCAGGUCAAUCGAUGUUUACUUACGGCCGUUGGUUGAUGAGCUCAAGCAUUUAUGGACAAACGGUGUGCGCACGUACGAUAAAUCCACUGGGAAGAUGUUCACUUUGCGGGCAGCAGUUAUGUGGACUGUGAAUGAUUUUCCCGCAUAUUCAAUGGUUUCUGGGUGGAGCAUAAAGGGUUAUAUGGCAUGCCCUGUAUGCAAGGAAGAUGUAACCUCUGGUUGGCACGCUGGAAAAGUUUGUUACCUUGGUCAUCGGAGAUGGUUGCCAUGGGACCACGAGUGGCGGGAAAAGGAUAAAGAGUUCGAUGGGAACACAGAGCGUCGCCUCAGACCUAGAGAAUGGUCCGGUGAUGAGAUCUUGGAACAGCUUAACCGUUUGGAUUUUGCUCUGUUCGGGAAAACAGUUAAUUGGACCAGACCUUCUACAUAUAUGAACUAG